AGCAGUUUCCUUUCCCUGUCCCAACCUUCGAGAAGAAGACCUCGAUCUGUAAACGGUUCGGAGAACAAGACCGCGAUUUGGUGGGCGGUUGUUACCCUACAGCGGACUGCAUUUGGGAUUCACGAGUUCUUCCCCGCAGCUGUUCCCUCUUAUUAUUUCUUCUUCUCCUAUUUGGAACCAGAUCGUCAAUCCCCAUUUCAAUUCUCCCUCCCGCAACAAUGCCGAACACGGCAGAACCCUUUUAAGCUAAUGACGAAAACUUUUUAUCCAGCAAGCGUUCAUUCAAGUUUGGUUGCAUUUGACCGUCGUCUGCCCAAAUUCCGAUUCCUCUACUGAAGCUGUACUUUUUGCAACCGAAGCUCAACAUGGAUACUCCUUCCCAAACCAUUUCAAUCUGUCGGGGUUCUUACAAAGUACAACGGAAUUGUGUUAGUAGUUGUUGAAAUUUGUAUUCGAGCAUAUAUAAGUGUUAUUACGCUUUUCCUCUGCUGUAUAUCACAAGGGCA